AUGCGUGUAACACGAAGGAGUUUACUGUUAGGUGCGCUGCUCCCCGCGCUCGGCGCCGCCUUCGGUGGUACCCUGGAACCGAAUGGUGGGCUUUACCCUUUAGACGCUGGGAUGAAACAAUGGAAAGACGCAGUUGCCUGGUCCAAUGCCUCUGCAUCCUACACAAUAACGGGUCGCGAUGUCACGAAACCUUUUCCGAGCUCCGAGAUGGAUGGCUGGACCAUCAACAUCACAGCUGUUGAUUUGUCUCCAUUCGAGCUUGGCUGGGACCUGAAGAUCAUGGCGCCGCCUUCUCUGUACAGCAGGGUCGAUCCGAACAGCAUCGCCAACAAAACUGUCGCUUAG